AUAAGUUAUGGCAGAUAAAAAGCCGCUAGGACGUCAAAAGAUCACUAUGGCCAAAAUAGAAAACAAAGAUGCCCGAUACGCAACAUUUUCAAAGCGUCGGGAUGGUUUGAAUAAAAAAGCUAGCGAAUUGAUUGGACAAUAUGAUCUUGAUAUAGGAAUAAUAAUCUUUUCUCCCACCGGUAAGCCUUACUCUUUUUUUCACUCUACUGUUGAUGCUGUUAUUGAUCGCUAUUUAAAUCCAAAUACGUUGCCAAGUGAAAGUAAUCGUCUUGCUGCUGAAAACUCUCGGAACAAAGUGAAGGAACUAAUAGUUAAACUUGAUGAAUAUGAUAUCACAAAAAAUGAUGAGACUGACGAGAAAAAAUUGUUGGAAGAUAUCAAGGAAUAUGAUGCAGAGGAGGUGAAAAAACAAGAGAUUUGGCUUAAGUCCAUUGACGAGAGUUUGAGAAAUGGUUUGAUGCAGUUGGAAAAGGGUGCUUCUACCUCAGCACAAUCCCCUCCAUAUGAUGCUAAUUAAGCAUACAAUGAUUUCUAAUAUAUCGAAGCCUCGUACAAUGAAAUAAUUAA